AUGCAUCUGAAGCCCAAAAGUCAGAUAUCACAUGCAAAAUCUUCUGAAGAUGUUGGUGAACUUAGAUCCAUAUUGAAAAGGAAGGACAGUAACGCAGAUUCUAUACCAUGUAAACGUGUUAGGUUUGAUCAUGUUUCCAACAAUAAUGGCGAAGAGGCAGCAGACAAGUUUGAAAGAUACUCUCCUUGUGCUAUAUCAGCGAAUGCUAUGGUUUUGGAUGAGGAAUCUCUGCCCGUGGAAAAUGCAUCCCGGGUUCCGGAUUAUCUAUUGAAUCUUUCUAGGUAUACGCGUUACAGCUUUGAGCAAUCAAGUGAAGUUGAUGAAAAACCCAACAUCCGAGAUCCUAUGGAUUUGCUUGCCCUUGUUAAAGGGCCUAAGUCUGCAAGUUCAGGGACAGAGCUGGACAUUCCUUCAGAUGAUGUUCUGAAAUCUGUGACUUUCAUCCCAAAGAAAAAAGCAGGUGAAAUUAAACAAGUAGAUAACAGUGGUGAUGCAGCAAGCUCCCAAGAUUUUGAGGUUGAUCAAGCUGAAGAUAAUCGAAAAAUGAAAGCUGCAGUUAGUUAA